GGAUGCAUUCUAAAAGUUCAUUGGUACGGUUAUUUUAACAUCUGCGUCUAAGUGGUGAAUCGCUGUUUUUUGUCUUCAGAUUAGCCUACCAGUUGAAUAUGUGGGAUGUAUACUAUAUUUUAUUCGAUGCAUGCUAAUGAAUAUAGGAACUGAAUCGAGUGCAUUUUAGCUGAUUAACUGAACCAACUCAAGCCAUCAAAAUAAUACACUGCCUGUAUUCCAACUACGGGAAUUGAGCGCAAAUUAACAGAAAGUUUAUCAAAGUUUCAAAACAAAACAUAUCUCCCAGUGGUCCAGCAGCCGCUGCAUCCGGGACAACGCGGGAUGCUGAAUGCAAGACUGAAGCUAGCCAGCUAUAAUGGCUGACGAAGCCGGGGAGCAAAACAUGAGGUCCUGAUGUUGGAAAAGCAACUAACCUAAUAAAAUAAAAUAGAAAAAAACUUAAAGGUAAAAUUGAAAAGUGAAUAAGUAAGUAGGCAGCGCUGUGGCCGCCUCAUCAUGUCUAAGGGCAGGUCCUUGGAGGCGGUGAAGGUGGUGGUCCGCUGUCGGCCCAUGAACGAAAAGGAGAAGGCGGCAAAUUUCCAGAGGGUGGUGUCAGUGGAUGUGAAGCUGGGGCAGGUGACAGUGAGGAACCCCAGGGUGGGCUCCGCUCAUGACCACCCCAAGGUGUUCACCUUCGACUCAGUCUACGACUGGGACUCCAAGCAGCUGGACCUGUAUGACGAGACCUUCCGGCCCCUGGUGGACUCGGUGCUGCUGGGUUUCAACGGCACCAUCUUUGCCUACGGCCAGACGGGAACAGGGAAGACCUACACCAUGGAGGGAGUGCGCCAUGACCCGGAGAGGAGGGGCGUUAUUCCCAACUCCUUCGAGCACAUCUUCACCCACAUAUCGCGCUCGCAGAACCAACAGUAUCUGGUCAGGGCCUCCUACCUGGAGAUCUAUCAGGAGGAGAUCAGGGACCUGCUGUUCAAAGACCAGUCCCGCCGCCUGGAGCUGAGGGAACGGCCAGACACCGGUGUGUAUGUCAAGGACCUGUCCUCCUUUGUCACCAAGAGUGUGGCUGAGAUUGAGCAUGUCAUGAAUGUGGGAAAUCAGAACCGCUCAGUUGGCGCUACCAACAUGAAUGAACAUAGCUCACGAUCGCACGCCAUCUUCGUCAUCACAGUGGAGUGUAGCGAGCUAGGCCCCGACAGGCAGAACCACAUCCGGGUUGGCAAGCUCAACCUGGUGGACCUGGCGGGCAGCGAGCGGCAGAGCAAGACGGGCGUCCAGGGAGAACGCCUGAAGGAGGCCACUAAGAUCAACCUGUCCCUCUCUGCCUUGGGCAAUGUCAUCUCUGCCUUGGUGGACGGCAGGAGCUCACACGUGCCGUACCGUGACUCCAAACUCACCCGCCUUCUGCAGGACUCGCUGGGCGGCAAUGCCAGGACAGUGAUGGUGGCCAACAUUGGCCCCGCCUCUUACAAUGUGGAGGAGACCCUCACCACGCUCCGCUACUCCAACCGGGCCAAGAACAUCCGGAACAGGCCUCACAUCAACGAGGACCCCAAGGAUGCGCUUCUGCGCGAGUUCCAGGAGGAGAUUGCCCGGCUGAAGGAGCAGCUGGAGAGGAGGUCUGGGGGCAGGGGGAGAAGGAGUAGGAGGUGGAAGAGUGAUUGGCAGAGCCUGGGGGAUGGAGGGGAAGAGUUUGAGGAACAUGAGGAGCCGGAUGAUGAGGAGGACAACGAAGAGGUUGUGGAAGACAGCGUCGCAGGAAGAGAUGCGCACUACUGGCAGGAGCAGCAGGAGCAGCUGGAGAGGGAACGUAAGGCCAUCAUGGAGGACCGCAGCCUGGUGGUGGAGGAGAGGCUGAGGCUGCUGGGAGAGAAGGAGAGGAGGAUGGAAGAGCUGCAGAUGGAGCAGGAGGCUGGGGAGAUGCUGGCAGCCAAAGUCAGGGCUAUGGAGAGCAAGCUGCUCGUUGGGGGUAAGAAUAUUGUAGACCACACCAACGAGCAGCAGAAGAUACUGGAACAGAAGCGACAGGAAAUUGCUGAGCAGAAACGCAGGGAGAGGGAGAUGCAGCAGCAGGUGGAGAGCUGGGACGAGGAGACACUGGAGCUAAAGGAGACAUACAGUUCUUUGCAGCAGGAGGUGGACAUCAAGACCAAGAAGCUGAAAAAGCUGUUUGCAAAACUGCAGGCUGUUAAGGGCGAUAUCUGUGAUGUCCAGGAGGAGCAUAUCAAACAGAGGCAGGACCUGGAGCAGACGCAGAACGAGGUGACCCGGGAAUUGAAGCUCAAGCAGCUGAUCAUUGAGAACUUCAUGCCUAUGGAAGUGAAGAAUAAAAUUGCCAACAGGGCGUUCUUCGAUGAUGAGGAUGAUAGAUGGAAACUGAGGCCCAUUGCCCGGAUCAAAGAGACCCAGCAGAUGAUGGCACGUCCAGUUUCUGCAGUUGGCUACAAGAGACCUCUGUCUCAGCAUGCCCGUACAGCCAUGAGGCUGCGGCCAGAUGCCAGAUACAGGGCUGAUAAUAUCCUCCAGCUGCAACAGGACCUGCCCUGCAGGAAUACCCAUGAGUACCAGGGGCCGGCCAUUGCAGCCAGUGUGGCUGCUGUGCUGGAGGGUGCCCUGCGGGAAGAUGAUGACAUUGUUGUUGACGCCUCUGAUUUCCACUGUGGUAGCCCCACCCCAAGUGGCCCCACCCCACAUGGUUCCGCCUCUGUCCCCUGUAGCCCCACCCCUAGCAUUUCUGGAGGCAGCAGGAUCCCCAAGCCCAGCAGGCCCCGGACAGGGAAGACAGGAAGUGGCUCCACUUCUUUGCAACGUCCGUCUAGCUCAGGACCCCCCCACUACCCACAAUGCCGUGGACUUGUUCCCAAGUAACACCCCCCAAACCUCCACUGGCUGCACUGUCUCUCGACAGAGAAGCACAAACUCAGCCAACCUUGCAAUGCAACCUGUAUUUUUUUCUACAUCACACGCACUUCCACAGACUUACUGCUGCUGCCGUUACUACUGUGUAAAUUUAAGAAAAAAUAACACUGGCAAUUAUCUUAUAAGUAAAUUCAAUAGGUUCUAACUAAAUUAUUAAUUUAUUUAUUUAUUUGCAUUUGUUUGCUUAUUUAAUUUUUCGUUGUUCACCAUUUCUCUAUAAACACUGUUGUAGAUACAGCUUUAUGACUUCUUCACUGAACUGACAGUAUUGUUUUUUAUUAUUUGGGAUAAAAAAACACGUACUUUGCACCAAUAAAAUUUUAUAUAUGAACUAAUUUUUUUUUCAAAAUACAGGAUUGAAAAAUAUUCUUGACAUUAUAUGACAGGAAUCAAAAGUGGUUAUACUUGGUAACUGACCAUCUUGUGGCAUGUUUCUUUUUUUUUCUAUGUGGGACCCUAACGUGAGUAAAAGUAAAAUAUACUUAUUACCCUUACACACAGAUAAGGCUUUGGGGAAAACAUAAGGAUGGCUAAAAUAGAUGUAAAUUAUAUGGUUACCCCACAGGACUUGCCAAAACCCUUGUUAAGAGUUGCACCUUGCACAGCAUGAUCUGAUGUAGUGAAAAUGUAAAGUUAGUUAUUUUUAAAAAUAUAUUUAAUAUUGUCAAAUUCAAAAGAUGCCCACAGUAUUUCUUUUCCAUGUUAUUUUUUACUAUGAUUUUUUGAUUAUUAAAGAAUAUCAAUCAGUAAUAAACUUGAUUGUUUUUCUUACUGAGAUUAAACAGAUGAGAAUAGGAGAACAGAGGAAGAGGCUAACGUGUUUUAUGUAAGGCUCCAGCCCCACAACGACUCUGACAAGGCACAAGCGGGUUAAAUAAUGGAUGGAUGUUUUAUA